AUAUUAAAGACAAUUUUUUUUUGAUAUUUGAUGACUCCUAUCAUUACUUAUACGAAUUUUUUGGAUUGCUAAUUCAUUGUUCGGAAUCUCUCGUAAAUAUAAAUUAAACCUACAAGUUACUUUAUAUACAAGUUAUAUGAGCUAACGAAUAUUAGAAAUUCGUUAAUGGUUUUUAUAUAAAAAUUUGUUAUCCAUUAAUUAUCUGGGUCGCGUGUCUGCUGUUCUAUUGAAAAUGAUAUUUUUGUGUCAUUGAGGGUAAUUAUGUAUAAUUUCGUUUUGUACAAUAUUUCAACAAAUUACUAUCAGCCCAUCGAUCAAUAACAACGGCACGCAAUACUAAACCACAUAAACUUCUUUCACAUAAAACAAAAUAAGUGUAAACAGUGUCCUUAUGAAGCAUUAAGAGAAACGUAUUUAAUUUUGUUAGAUACAAUGGCGUUUGUAUACAGCUGCUGUUUUUGGUUUUCACUUCGAUUGGGAGGAAUAUUAAUAGGUUUAUUCUCAAUUAUAAAAACUACAAUAGCUUUAGUUUUUUUAUUUAUAGGAUACACGCAUCCUCAUAAUGUUAAAAAUCAAAUAUCUAUGUGGAAGAGAGAUAUUAAUUUAAUUUAUAUGAGCGGUUAUAUAGAACACUUUGAGGCAGUGUGUAAAAGUAAUCUUAAAAACUUUAUUCCAGAACCUGAAAAAUAUAUCUGUUAUUGCAUUACGAUAUGCUGCAUUUAUAUAUUUCUUUGUUUCCUAUACAUCUAUGGAGCUUAUACUUGUAAUAACGCAUUGAUGGUUGCAUUUAUAAUGGUUGAAUUGAUACAUCUUAUUAUACUUUCAAUAUUUGUGACGACCUGGCUAAUAAUUUUAAAGAAAAAUACUAUGGAUAUAGGCCUCGUGAUUGGAGCCAGUGUUGCAAGCGGUUUUAUUCUUAUGGGCUUAUUUUAUUUAUGGGUAUGUGCCGCAACAUUACCAACACUGAUAAACGAGAUUGAAAGGGAAGAACAAUUAGCGACAAUCAAUAAACUUCAGGAGCUCCUGGAAAACAAAAAUGGACUCUUAAAUUUCAAAAAUCAGAAUACAUAUUAUAAAGACGACAACGAUGACUUAUUGUUAGAAAAGAAGGAAUUUGUUUGUUCUACCAACACAUAA